UCUGGGCGUACAAUAGUCGCGGAUUUUUAUUAUACUAUGUAAAUAUAAUAUUAGUAUGAAAUAUUAUAAUAUGUACUAUGUGACGGAAUCAUAGUGUGCGAAAACGUUCAAAAUAUUUGUAAAACCUAAAAUCAAUUAAUAUAGUUUACGAGUUUACCUAUGGUGUCAUGUACCUACCACAUUGACUGCCCUGACAAUAAUCAUUUGAGUAAUAACUAUCAGGUCACAUUAAAACAGGUCUGAAAAAAAUGUCAAACUUCAAAAUGGAAUACGUCGAAUUAAACAACGUGUGUUCAAUUGGAUCAAACGAUCAACUUCUCAAAGCCGUUCAAUCAAAAGAUUUAGAUUUAUUCAAAAAACUCCUAGAAAUAGGGUUGGGAAAUUCAUCUAUAGACUUGGAUAGUAUAUUUGACGAACCUUAUCAUGGCACAAUAUUAGAUAUAUGUUGUAUAUCGACGGGUAGAUCAGACUUUGCCAGAAUACUAUUAUCGGUAGGAGUAGACGUAAACGUUAUUAAUAAAAAUCGGAAAAAGGCUCCGAUACAUUUAGCGGCUGCAAAUGGAUGUAAAGACGCGUUAGAAGUAUUAUUGGAACAUCCUCCAACCAAUAUAAAUUUAUUAGAUAGUGAUGGGAAUUCGGCUUUACACCUUGCAGCAAAAUCUGUAAAUGUUGAAUGUUCAGAAUUGCUAUUAAAUUCCAAUAAUAUAAAAGCAAAUCAAUUGAAUAGGAAAGGCUUUACUCCAGCAUACUUGGCAGCUACUUCAAAGAAAAAAAAUGAUGACCUAAUGAUGGCAUUUAUUAGGUGUCCAAAAGUUGACUUGGAUAUGUUCAUUUGGGAUAAAUCGUUAAGAAGCGUGAUAGAUGAAAAAUAUCCACAUCUUUCGGAAGAAAUGCCACCAGAAGGUACACGAAAUAUUACUCACCACUGCGAUAACCCGUUUGUAUACCUCUACUCAAAUGACGUAGAAGGAUUUAUUUCAUAUAUAACUUCCACAAAACAACUUGACCUUAACAAUCAUGAUGGAAAGCACACUUAUCUCCAAUAUGCGUGUGAUUUUGGCUUACCAAAAGUUGUUCAAGUUUUACUCAAUCUUGAUGUAGAUCCAAAUGGUGUAUGUCCAUCUAAUACUAAAUAUGCAAUUUUUAUUGCUUCGUUCAGAGGUUUUGCAGAUAUCAUACAAUUGUUUUUGAGUAGUAGAAAAUGUAUAUGUUAUCAAACAAGUAACAGCACAGCACUCCUUGAAGUAAUCAAAGGUUCUGAUGAAGACCAUAACUCAUUAGAUGUAAAUACUGAUUUAUGUGAUCAUGAUAGGUCAUUUAAAAUGUUAUUAAGAAAAAGUGAAACCAGUCCUCUUGAACUUAAUAUUAAUCAAUCAGAUGAUAAAGGUAAUACUUGUCUUCAUUACGCAGCAAAAAUAGGCGAUCGAGAUUCUAUACUAUCUUUGUUAGAAGAAGGUGCUUAUAUAGGGAAAAGAAACGUACUUGGAGAUCCUCCACUUGCUGAUAUCAGUCCUAAUAUAUUAGAAACUCAUUUAAAUAAGUGCAUAAAAUCAAACGGGAAAUCUCCAAAAGAUAUUAAUUACGAGAUUAUAUGUUCAUACAAUUUUUUAUGCCCCCCAAAGGUUUACAAACAGAAAGAUAUUGAUAAUCAUCAAUCACAAUUAGAAGGCCUAGAGUACAUUCCCGAAAAUAUCCCUGAAACCGAUCCAUUGUUAUAUAUAAGUGAAGUUCCAGAACUCAGGCCUCUUCUAAAACAUCCUGUAUUAACUAGCUUCCUCCAUUUAAAAUGGUUUGCAAUAAAAAGAUAUUAUAAAGUGAAUUUAGCGUUUUAUAUAGGAUUCUGGGCACUUUUAACCAUUUACACGCUGUUGACUUUUAAAAUAGGUGUUCAAAAUAGCAAUUUGUCACUUACACAAGAUAAUAUUACAGAAUUCUCCACGAACAGUGUGCCAUUUAGUAGUGAUACAGCUGUUUAUUUGUGGGUUAUGGUAUUGGGAUUCCUUAUUGCUUUGAUAUUUCGUGAAUUAUUCCAGUUGAUCUCAUCUCCAUUUACGUACAUAAUGAGCUUAGAAAAUUGGUUGGAAAUAAGUCUCAUAGUUUUAACUUCAUUCUUAUUAUUGUGUGAAAUGUCUUGUAUAUCAAAUAGAAACCAAAUAUCUGCCAUUGUCAUUCUACUAUCUUGGGGUGAACUUAUACUUCUCGUUGGUAGACAUCCAGCGCUUGCAACCCACCUAGAGAUGUUUAAGCGCGUUACCAAAAACUUUUUACAAUUUCUAGUAUGGUAUUCAAUAUUAAUAAUAGCAUUUGCCCUAAGUUUUUACAUGUUAUUUAGAAAUGACGCAGACACCGAUAACAAAUUUAACGAUCCCAGCUCAGCGACAUUCAAAACUAUCGUUAUGUUGACCGGGGAAUUCGAUACAUUUGGUUCACUGCCUUUUAGUUUGCAUCCAAUAGUUAGUCAUGCAUUAUUUCUUUUAUUUAUAUUCCUUAUCGCCAUUGUCUUAGUAAAUCUUCUAAAUGGUCUUGCUGUGAGUGACACUCAAGCAAUUAGAGCUGAUGCGGAAAUCGUCGCUCACGUGUCCCGGGUUAAACUCAUACAUUACUUUGAAAAAAUGGCUCUAGGUGACCCGUUUGCGUGGACUCGUAAAACUCAAAACCACAAAAAUAAUAAUUUUGGAUACAGUAUCCCUUCAGUAUGUACAAGACGAUUUUAUCUGAAAAUAAGGCUAUUUCCAGAUGCUCUACAAGAUUCGGAAAUUAAAAUUUUAACUAAUCAGAGAAAUUUUGUCGACUUUGGGUCAUCUACAAAAAAAAGUCAAAUAGGGUGUAUUGCGAAUUGUCAAGGAUAUUAUCUUGAGAAAGAAAUUGUCAAUGAAGCUAAGUCAAUAAUUAAACUGAAUUCAGAGGGAGCAGACAAAAAUUGUAUGGAAAUUCUUGAUGUAUUUAUUGAGAAAUUUAAAACCGUAGAAAAGUCAGUAGAAGAAAUUAAAAAAAUGUUAAAUGCAAUGAACACAAGAAGUGAAAUAGAUUCGAUAUCUUCGUCUAGUAAUUUCCAUGUGUUAAAUGGAUCAUACAAAAGCUAAAAAAUAUGAUUUUUAAUGAUUCUUAUUUUAUUGUUUAUGGUCAGCCAAAAUAGUAAUACCUAGUUCACAUUUUAAUGUAGGUAGUAGGUAUACAAUUUCUCGAAACACAUUGAACAUAAAACCAAUAUUAUGCAUACAUUUUAAACAUUUAAAAACUUUACUUUAAAACAAUAAUACAAUAAUUAUUCUAAUGUAAGAUUAUUGUAAAACAAUAUUUCAUAUAUUAUCAUAUUUAUAAUUUUGAUGACAAUAAGUUUUGUUAUUUUAAUUUUUUAUCUAUUUUGUAAUAAUAUUAAUCUUAACUAUCAUAAUGCCUUAAUCAUUUUGUUAAAUAAUUUAACUUUAAACAUACAAUAAUAAUUAUUACCUUUUUAUACAUUUUUAUUAGAGCAAAAAACAUUGUUUUUUAAUACUUUUAAGUAAGUAGUUAUCUAAAACUGUGAUUAAUAUUGUUAACUGAUUUAUAAUAUAUUUAUUAAUUGUUUCAUAAUAUAUACUUUCUUUAUAAUUUAUUGUUAUUAGACUCUUAAAAUUAAACACAAUAUUAUAUGUUAUUAUUUUAGCACUAAAUGCAAUUUAAAAUGUUUAAAGUUGAUGUUACCUAUCUUAUUAUUGUUUAUAUUUUGUUUUUCAAGAAUUAUACCACAUUAUGUAGGUAUCACGUUUACUCGAUAAUAAUAAAAAUUAUAAAAUGUUAAGAAUGCAGGUAAAUUAUAAUAUUUAAUUCCAAAAAUGGAUUAAGUUAGGCUUUAACUUUAUUAUUUAUAUUUUAUAUUGGUUUAAACUUUAGUUUUUAUAUUUUGAUUUAAUUAUUAUGUGUUUAAUAUAAAACUUUAAAAAAAAUACUAUCAAGUAGUGUAAGUACCUAUACACCUAUACUAACUUACAUUUUCAAUUAUUAAUACAAAUAA